UGGCUGUUGUCUCCUGAGGGCGUUGGUGCUGGGAGCCACCACCAAACAUCACCCCCGUGGCGGAGUGCGGGGUUCCGGGCAGCCUGGAGCAUUCCUGGGCUUUUUUCCGUUGUCACCCUCCCCACAGCAGGCAGAGGACAGCCACAGGAGCCAGGUCUGUAGUAGUGGUGGCCUUGGUGGCCUGUCCUGCCCACUUUUUGUGGCUGUUCUGGGUCCGGCCGUGCAGUUGAUGUUUGCUGGGCAUUGCACCAGUCCCUGGAGUGUCCGUGCCAGGUGGAACCUGCUGCCUCGCUGCCAGCACCUGGAGGGUAAAAGGACCCAGCUGGAUGCUCCUCCUCUGCUGGGUGAAGGAGACCUGGAAACCCCAGUGCUGGGGCUGUGGGGAGCACUCAGAGCAGUGCCUGUGGGGGCUUGUCAGCUCCUGCUCACCCGGACAUGGCUGGGCAGAGAGGAGGGCUGGCCCUGCCCCUGCUCUGGCCCCUGCUGCUGCUGCUGCUGCUGAGCCUCACCUGCCUCUCCGUGCUGCACCUGGCUCUGGAGACCACUGCCCUGGGUGUGACAGCAACUGUGUCCCCAGCUCUCCCUACCUCCUCAACACCCAUGGAGAGCUCAACGCUGCUGCCUACCACUGACUCCACCACCACAGCCACCCUCCUUUCCUCCAACCCUGAAACAGAAGCCUCCACCCCAGAGGAGUACAGCACAUCCACAGAGACUGGCAGCACCUCACCUCCCACUGUGCUUCCUCCCACCACAACUACAGAGGAUUCAUCUGAAUCUACAGAAGAGACCUUGGCAACCCUGGCAGACACCACAGCCAGCCCUGUUAUCAGCACAUCAGACCCCAUGAGAACUCCCUCUUCAAGCUACCCAGACAGGACCACUCCUGACAUCUUCCCCUCAACUGUGGAGUCGACUCCAGGCACUGAGCCCUCUUCCCCUGCCACCAGCUCAGCCCAGACCUCAGAGGCUGCUACCCUCAGCACCCCUGCAGCCCUGCCAACGCUGCUGCCAGCCUGCCCCUCUGGCUCACCCAACACCAGUGCAACUCACCUCUUUCUGUCGCUGAGGCUAAGCACCCCUCUGGACCUGGGGAACACCACGGUGCAGGAGCUGCUGUUGUCCAAGCUCCGUGAGGACCUGCAGACAGCAUUCCCCUGCGCUGGCCUGUCACUGGCGUGGCGAGGGAAGAGGAGGACUUGACUGCUGCCCCUCACCUGGACUGCCAAGCCACCUGCUCCCAGCUCCUCACUCCACGGUGGUGCAGGCCCCUGGGGAACCCCAUACAGCUCCUCUUGAACCUGGGGCUUCCUGUCCUUCACUCUGUACCCCCAGUCCCCUCCUGCCCCUUCCCACAGCCUGUCUGAAGAGCCUGAGCCCUCCCACCACCCUGCUCCAGACCUGGUUCCCCCUCCAGCUCUGCUGGGGGGCUGGGAGAAGGGAACCCCAUGGGACUGGGCUUUUACAUCUGGGACUGAGCUGCCUCAGCCAUCAAAGCCACCCUGGGGACAGGAAUGAGAGGAAGGAGACCUGAAGCCCUCAGUACUGCUGUGCCCGAGGCUCACCUGUGGUAUUGCUGACAGAGGAGAACACCCAUGCCGGGCAGUAAAUAGAAAU